AAGGUCGGUGCAAACCCACCCCCACACCAAACCCCACCUUUGUCUCCUUUCUCUUAUGCUAUAUAUCAAUCCUUUCCAUCUUCACCUUCUCCUACACCAUCACACACCGCAUCUAACUUUCUUUUUCUCACUACAUACAACCUCCCCCCCUUUUCCUUUAGGAGGUACAACCACUAUAUUUUUUUUCUCUUUUUCUUAAGCGUUUCGAUUUUUUCAACUCAAUAUGGGAACCCAGGUUUUACGGCCUCAGGACUGCUUGACAGAACGGAUCAGAGCUCCUCCGGCCACCUUUUCCCGCCGGAAAAGUUCCAGUAACUACUGUAAUUAUUAUAAUUAUUACAACAAUCAUGCUACGACCCCCAGGUCUUGUCGGAAGUCGGUCGCCCGACCCGAUCAGAGGAAACGGGUGCCUGUGGGUUCCGGCCAGCCGGUAGUGGCGGAGGCCGUGGCGGUGUUGAGGAGGUCGAGCGUUGAUGAUUCAACGAUGGCGAGGAGCAGCGGCUCGGCCACGGAGAAGGUUACGAUUCUCCGGAGGGGCCAGUCGCUGGAUUCGGCCGUGAAGAGCGACGUGUAUGCCGGAUCGGCGUUCGCGAUGUCUCCGUCGCCGAGCGCGCUUCCUAUUCCAUCUUUUCAGACGAAGAAGCAGGCCUCGGCGGCGUUUGAUGACUCUGCAACGCGAGAUCUAAGGCGUCUGCUCCGGCUCGAAUGAAAGCAAGUUGGAUUGCAGUUCCGGGUUUGGGAUCGGGUUGGAUCCGACAACUUAAACAUCUUCUCUCUCUUUCGCUCUAGAAACUUCUUCGCCUGUCCUUCCCUUUUCUCCGUUACUGUUACCGUUACCGUUACGCCUCUUCCAGUUUCAAGUUCGGCCCGACCGUGAUUUUUUUAAACGGAAGGGUGGAUCUGGACUUGGGGGUAGAAGUGGGGGCGAAUGUUUAAAAUGCUUGGAAUAGUGUAAUGUAUGCGUGAACAUGUUAUGUAAGAAUAACUUUUCGGAUGUUUGUUGAAAGAUAUUAAUAUCAAAUUUAGGGUUAUUAAUUAACUUGUAAUAUCUGUUUAAGGGAGGCUUGGAGGAGGAAGCAGGUGGAAACAAAGAAAGGAGGAACUGUGUAGUUCCUUUGUAUAACCAGCAAGUGUUGGAAUUUGGUGUAUGUAUGUUGGGUUUUAGACUCUGAACUGUGAAGUGAUCAAGUGAAUUUGCCAACUCCUUGUGCACUUUUUUGUAAUGUAAAUGAUCCACCAUAGUAAGAUUUUAGCAGAAUACGUUUGUAAAUUUCUUGUUUUACUUUUCAGAAUCUUAUCUUAUAUUUUCUUUAUUAUUAUUAUACAUUAUAUCUGGUGAUAGGUUAUUCAAAUAAUGUAACCCUUGCGUUCUAAAACAGGAUUUAAAUGAUAUUUUAAUCUCUAGAAAUAGUUUUUUUUAAUUUGGAGAAUUAAAAUUUAAUAAGAUUUUACACGACUAAAAAUAAAAAGUAAGAUAUUUUUAAAGAGUAAAAUGUUAUUUAAGUCGAAAUAAUUAUAUGCACCCUGAAUUUCAAUCAUUUGUAUUUACCCUUAAUUUCAUAAAUUAUAUUUUUUGUCCCUCUUACAUGUAAUAUUUCGUACCACAAUUGAUUUCCCAACCAUCUCUGAAAGAAAAUGCUGAAAACAUUAAAUAUUAGUCGUCAGGGUGGUUGUGCUUAAUAUGAAUCCAGGUAACACAAGUACAAGUUAGGCUGAAGGAAAUGACAUUGAGCAAUAAUAGAGAGGCGAAGUCAAAGUGAAAUCUUACAUGAAAAUUGCAUUGCCGUUCUUUAUAUGAAAUCUUAAUAUUUCUAAUGUCCAUAUUUUUUCU